CGCAGAAACAUGUGAGAAAUCAUUCGUCGCCAUCGGUGAUCGCAGCAUCACACACAGAUACACACACACACACACACGGACACUUCGAAAAGGCGUCGCAGCAUACUCUCACACACACACAUACGCUCACAUACACUCACACACACACACACAUACACACCCGCGCCUCCCCGUACCCCAGCUGUGGAGCACAGGCAACGCGGGAAUUUGCCGGUGGUCUGUGCGUGGUGGUGGGUUGACGGAAGGGAGACUGUGUGUAAUCGCUCCCCGGGGUGCGCGCGGGGAGCGGUUGCACACAGUCACCCUUCGGUGAAUCAAACUCCACCCCCCAAACCACACCCCCACCGCCACAACAGAGAACAAAGACACAUACAGACACAUACGCUCGCACGGCAGUGGCAUUCCCGCCUCCCUCCCUCCCUCCCUCCCUGUCUGUCUGUCUGUCUGUCUGCCUGUCUGCCUGUCUGCGCGCUUCUGGGCACGAGCUCCAGACCGCUGUGUCUACACACAUAUGCGGACGUGUGUGUGUGUGUGUGUGUGUGUAUGUGUGUCGCGUCGCGAAUGCUCCCAGUCACACAGGGGGAACGGGAAUCAGUCAGUUAACUUAUCACUCAGUGAGGCCAAAAACACGAGAACACGAACGCACUGCAACCAUCCAUCCAGCCCCCCAUCCAUCCAUCGACUCAGCUGCUGCCCCGCGCCAGCAGCCGGUCAAUCGCUCGGUUCAAGUUACCUGACACACAAACAAACGUGCCAUGCCAUGCCGAGAGAGAGACAGAGAGAGACGAAUGCACCGAUAUGGCGAUUGGUUGCUGUCUGCCUGCCUAUGUGCCUACCGUUGACGGCUUUGAGUGCGUCGACACAGGCCUGUGUGUCGGUGAAACCCAUGCUACGCAGAGAGGCCAGCUGACUGCGAUACAACACCUCAGGAUCUACACAUUCAAACAAAUGCAACAUUAAUAUCAUCCGUCGGUCUGGUGCAUGUGGGCGUACGAUACAUACCUGGCUCAGCGGCCGGCUGGUGCGUGUCCGGGGUAGUGGUGCUCGUGGUGGCCCCUGCUGACGUGCCACCACCAGCAGCAGCAGUGCUGCCGCUGCCGCUGCUGCCGGCAGUGCCGCCCAAGCUCAUACUGACACACACACACACACACACAGAGCGUGUCUUCACUUGACAUACGAAUGAUGCCUGGGGCUGGGUGGGUGGGUGGGUGGCUUGUGGUGGUCUCUCUGUGCUCUCUCCCUGCCUCCCCGCCUCCGUCCGUGACUCACUUGCUCAUGGCCUGCUGCAGCUGCUGCAUGAGCUGCGGGUUGGCCGUCAACAUAGGGUUGAAUAGCAACGGAUUGAACAAGGGAACAUUGCCACGACCGACACCGACACCGACACCAGUGCGACUCGGCUGCUGCUGCUGUUGCUGGGCUGCACUCUCACCACCCUCGCCGCCAGCAGUGGGCCCCUCUGUGGUAGCCCCUUGUUGUGUUUGGGGGGUGGUGCUGCCCAUGACCCCUGCAGAUUGCGUGGCGGCAGAUGCUGCUGUCGUCCCCUGUGGCUGUUGCUGCUGCUGCUGCUGUUGUGGGGGCAUGAAUGGCAUGAACGGGAAGGGGGGGACGGUGGGCGUCGGCGUGGGCGUAGCGCCGCUCGCCCCCCUAGAUGUGGUAGACGCACUCGACGCCUUCCAAAAACAUCACAGAGAGAGAGAGGGGGAGAGAGGCAGAGAGAGGGGGUGCCAUGGAUGAACGUGUGUAUCCGUCGGUCUGUCGCCUCACUGUGUUGGCGGUUGGAGCGGCCGCAGCAGCAGCAGCAGGGGGGUUGACAUUGCCGAAGCCCUGCAUGCCCUGUAACAUGCUCAGAAACGGAUUCAUCAUCGGGUUGCCCGCCCCCAUGCCGCCAGUGGCCGGAGGAGCUGUUGUUGAUGCCCCUGCUGAUGCUGCUGGCGGGGCAGACGGCUGGGGGGCGCCUGGGGCACCAACACCACCACCAGCACCACCAGCACCACCAGCACCACCACCACCACCACCGCCGCCGCCGCGAGCUGACGAUGGACAGAUCGACGCACAGCGAAUGAACAAACACACAUAGAUGCGAUAGAAGUGGUGCAUGGCUGGUGGUGGUGGUCGGCGUGUGAGUGUGUGUGUGUGUACCCCAUGGGUUUGGGAGGGCAGACGUGUUGGGGCCAGUCGAUGUUUGCUGCAUCACAAACACACAGACGGCCACUCAGCUCUCUCUCCCUCUCUGGCGCGUUGUGUUGUGUUUUGUAUUGCCAGCCACCCCACCCAGUCACCUGUGUGUAUUCCCGGGUCUGUGCGCUUUGCCCGCCCGCCUGUGAGUUGAUGGUAGCGUCCCACAUUGGCUCCGAGAUGGUCUCGUGCAUCCGACGCAACGCGUUAAAACCCUACACACACACACACACACGCACACACACACAGAGAGAGAGAGAGAGAGGGGAUCAUUGCGUAAGGUCGCGCGCGCGUGUGCGUGUGUGUGUGGUGUCUUUGCCCUACUCACUCCAGGGAUGGCUUCGAUGUUGCUCAUGGCCCUGUCCGUGUUGCGCAUCAUCUCGCGCAUCAGAUUGGGGUUCCGGAACAUCUCGAGAGACUGCCGCAGAAACUGCACCCACCCACACACCCACCCACCCACACACACACAGACAUAUAUAUAUCAGCACAGCCACAUUUCUGUGUGUCACCUCAGGUACCUUACCUGAGGGUCAUUGAGGAGGUGGUUGAGCUCCGGGUUCCGCUCCCUCAGCUCGCGCAUCUGCGGGUUCAUGUUCAUGACCAUCUGCAUGAACUCGGGGUUGUUGAGCAAACUGUCCAUGAAGGGGCUGUUCAUGAUGGCCUGCAUCGCCUCAGGGUUCUGCAGCAUCGACUGACCCAUACCACCCACACCACCAACUCCACCCAUACCACCCAUGCCACCCACAGUGGGGAAGGCCAUCCCUGGAGCCGUCGGUACCGUUGAGCCACUGCCACCCUGUUGCUGUUGCUGCUGCUGCUGCUGUCUUGCCUGGACGUUGCGGACGAGGUAGAUGGUGGUGUCGGCGAUGAUGCCAUAGCUCUCGAGGGUGGACUGGGGUUGCAGCACGCGACCCUGGUGGAGCAGGCGCAUCUCGGCUGUAGGCCAGUCGAUGUGGGCCGUGAGAGCCUCGCGGAGCUCCUCGAUGGUGGCGGACGGCUCCAUGUCCACCGAGAAGACGCUGCUGUCCGCCAUUCUCUUGACCGUCAAAGUGAUCAUCUUUCUUUCGUCGCACGCACAACACAACGCACAAAAGGGAGAGAGGGAGAGAGAGAGAGGGUGUCACACGACGGGAAGACUCCUUGACGACUCC